CUUUGGAAGUGAGGGUUUAGGAAGCGAGUCGACAGCCUUGGAAUUACAGUCCACCUCGCGCUCGUCACGGAUUAACAUGGACAGGUUUGGCGGUGAAGUCCGGCUGGUGAACCCGCGCGCACGGCGCAUAGUUGGCUGAUGCUUUGGAUUCUUUGUCAUUUACUUUUCGUCAGUCAACUUGUCUAUCUGCAUCCAUACUCUUGCGAAGCGCUCUCAGGCAACUGCUGAAUCGGCUAAAAUGGAUAUGUCUAAACGAAUGCUGAUUUUGUACCUAACCUGCUCGGUAGGACCUAUGCUGUCUGUCCAGAUGUGUGAGGUCAUGUGGGAGCUGGAAGCGGAGAAAAGAGAAUGUUUGUCAAAGCUGGAAAACAGCACGUCAGGUUGUACAGGAGAAUGGGAUCUAGCAUGCUGGCCAUCAGCUAGGAUUGGAGAGUUGGUCACCAUCCCCUGUCCGAAUUACUUCAGCCAUGUCAGUGAUCAAAGAGGAAACAUAUCGAAGAGCUGCACUGCCAACGGCUGGACAGAAAUAAACCCAGUUGUCAUUGCAUAUAACUGUGGCUAUGAUCCCAAUAUCACAGAGGAUGGAAAUGGUGAAUUCCUGGACUCUGUGAGAAUUGGAUACACUAUUGGUCACACUGUGUCUCUUAUAUCCCUCAUCAUCGCCAUCAUCAUUUUGUGCUUUUUCAGAAAACUCCACUGCACAAGGAACUACAUCCAUAUUCAACUGUUCAUGUCCUUUAUAUUGAAGGCUGUGGCUGUAAUUAUGAAGGAUGUAGUCCUGUAUGAGGUGGAGGAACCUGAUGACUGCCACCAUGGAUCUGUGGGCUGCAAGGCUGCCAUGGUUUUCUUCCAGUAUGGCAUCAUGGCCAGUUUCUUUUGGUUACUAGUGGAGGGACUGUAUCUGCACGUUCUCCUGGCCGUAUCCUUCUUCUCUGAGAGGAAGUACUUCUGGUGGUACAUUCUCAUUGGCUGGGGAGUUCCAGGUGUCUUCAUAACUGUCUGGAGCAUCACAAAAGCUUAUUUACAUGAUAUUGAAUGUUGGGAUUUUAUUGAUGAUGAUCUGUGGUGGAUUAUAAAAACCCCUACAUUAGUAACAAUAUUGAUGAACUUUAUUCUCUUCAUUUGUAUCAUCCGGAUACUUCGUCAGAAAAUCAGCUGCCGGGAUAUUGGAAGAAAUGAAUCACACCAGUACUCGAGACUGGCAAAAUCAACUCUACUCUUGAUUCCCUUGUUCGGGAUAAACUACAUAAUCUUUGCCUUUAUGCCUCGUCACAUUGAGUCUAAUGUGCGUCUGGUUUUUGACUUGAUUCUGGGGUCCUUUCAGGGGUUUUGUGUUGCUGUCCUAUACUGUUUUCUAAAUGGAGAGGUUCAGUCUGAGGUCAAACGAAAGUGGAGGCGGUGGCACAUGCAGAGAUUUCUGGGAGCUGACACUAAGUACCAGCAGCCCUCGAUGGCAAGCAACGGCCUCAACUUCAGCUCCCAAAUCACCAUGAUGACAAAAUCCAGCCCCUCCACACGCCGUGCUUCUGCCUGUCAAGAUGACUUCUCCACCGUCUGAGUGCUGAGAGAUGCUCCAUCUAUGACGAGACACAGAAACCAAUGAGUCUGUGCUCUAUCAGAAAGGCUGUCACUCGGACCACUUCCAUCAUCUGCAGGUUGCUGCUCCGCCAUCAUUCCUGUAGGAUCUGCACAUCUCACCGCUUAGUAGGAACAUGAGGGAAACCGUGCAGCUCAAGGCUCAUGACGAUGGUUUGGCAUAUGAUGUAUCUUCAUAGCCAUUCUUUCACACACAUCAAUCAGGAGAGAAAUAUCCAAGUAAAAGUGGACUCUUUGACAUUUUGAUUGUGUUUCAUCAAACUACUGACUCUGAAAAGCAAGUGACACUGGCAUCAUUAGGAUGUGAUCAGAGCUCAUUUUGUUUCUGUCUUUCUGUUUACUGUGCCCUCAUUAUGCUGCUCAAGAUUUCUCAGACUCGUAAUAAUCUGUAAAACUGAACGGUGACCUUUUGGGUCUCUAGUGACCGGGUUUUAUUUUUAUCUUCUUCCUUAUUCCAGGAAAAAAGUCAUAUGAUUUAGACUGCCUGACAUUCUGCUGCAAUCCUGUUUUUGCAUCCCAAUUCAUGUCAUGUGCUUGUGUGUCUGUGUACAUGUGCGCAAACACAGACGUCUCUCAUCGAGAGCCAUAAAAGCAUGUUUACUUGUGCAGCAGAUGCAUAAUGCAUCAUGCUGUAUGUUUUAUAAGAGUGGUUUAUUGUGUAAAUUUACAUGGGUUGUGUAACUGUGGACUUGUCGCGUAAAAUCAAUGACAAAAGAUGAAAAAAAAUACAUUACUCAUAGUUGCUUUCAUGAAAAUGCUCUUGCAUGUCUGCAUGCACAGUUCUCAUACCUCAGUGUGAAUAAGAUGCACAUUUAAGAGGAAAUGUGUUAUUGCUGUUUUAUGAAAGUGUAUUGUGGAUACUGUCAUAGAAAGUAUACAGAUCAUUUUUAUUACAUUAGAUCUUAGUAUGCCUUUUCUCUUUAUAUAAAAGAAUUUAUAUGCUGG